AUGGUUUCUUCGGAUUCUGAUGGAGAUUUACAGGACGCUGUCAGGGUGGUACCCAUCGACGACGACAUUGAUAUCAAUAGACUCAAGCAUCUGCAGCAGAAUCAAGAGUGGAGUUUCUAUGCUCGAGACGAGAACGGUGCAAAGAUCAAUAUUCAUUACUAUAUAUCUAGCAGCGGCAAUGAGCUAGCAAUGACGAGCCGAAUCUGUUGA